AUGAAAAAAGCCCACCUGUUAAAAACGCUGUUUGCCUGUUGGGUGUGUGAGGUGUCCAGCUGGGAGGAGGAGACUCUGCUGCUAGUCAUGCAAUUAAACCACCACCACAGACUGAACGUGUUGCUGAAAUCACAGACAGAUUUGUCCAUUUCCCGUCAGAGAGCAAAGCUGGGUCAAAAAACCAACUUGGUGCCAUACCAAUGUAUCCACUUCCCUCUGGCCACCACCGUCAUCUCUGCUGAAAAGGCUUCCCAUGAGCAGUUAACAGUGUCAGAAAUCACUAACUGCUGCUUUGAGCCAACCUAUCAGAUGGGGAAAUGUGGCCCUCACCAUGGCAAAUACAUGGCCUGCUGCCUUGGUGAUGUGGUGCCCAAAUAUGUUAUUGCUGCCAUCUCCACCAUUAUAGUCCGGCAGCUGAUCCAGUUUGUGGACUGGUGCCCCAUUUGUCUCAAGGUGGGCAUCAACUACCAGCCUCCCACUGUAGUUCCUAGUGGAGACCUGGCCAAGAAGAGGGCCGUGUGCAUGCUGAUCAACACCACUGCCAUUUCAGAGGCCUGGGAUCAGGUUGAUCACAAGUUUGAUCUGAUGUACAGGUUGAGGUAUGGAGGAGAGAGAGAGUUCUCUGACAUGGCAGCUUUGGAGGAAGAUUAUGAGGAGGUUGGAGAUGAAUCUGUGGAGGGUGAGAGUGAAGUAGAGGGUGAGGCGUAUUAG